AUGAUGAUAACUAUCAUCGGACGAUUGUUAACUCGGAUGGUGAUAUGCGGAUUGCUUCUGGUGAAUUCAGAUUGUGCCCCGAUCAACCAUUCCCUAUCUUCAAACAACAACUCUCAUGUUCCAUCAUAUCUUGAUGCAUUCAAAGAACUAAUAGUUCAACAUGUCUACGGUAGCAGUGACGACAACAACUCUUCCGACUCAAUCGAGAACGACGAUCCUUUCGACUUGAAUAGUUCUAGAGAAUUCUUGCGAGCUAAGAGAAAUGCUCCUAUUCCCGACAAGCUGAAAGAACUCAUCGACAAAUCCUCAACCCUGGCAAGAAUAUCCAAUGGAAUCGCUCUCCAAUCUGGUCUUAUGGAUGGAUCCAUCAAGAUUGAGGACGUUGUUGCUGAAUUACUGAACUUUGGAACACUCAAGGUCUCGGAUGUCGUUGGAUUCAAUGUGGAUUUGGUGAAGGAGUUGACUGGAAAGAUGGAAAAAUUGCCGACCUCUCUGGAUAAGUCAACCAUUGAAUUGGAAAACGCUGGAUUGGGAUGGAACGAAUUGAGGAAAAAGUCAGAAGCAGUCAAAGGUGUCACUAAUCUUACUCAGAAAGAGGCAUACUUCACGGCUCUCGGAAACUAUGAGAAAAGCUUUGACUUUGAUGUCUUUGAGGAAGCUGAUACGGCUCUCAAUGAUAUUUUAUCGAAGCUGAAAGACAUCGAAGAACUGAAAAUCAAAGAAAAGCCUCAAUUAGACGAUUUGAAGCAUAUUUACCUCAGUAAAUUCAUUGCUCUUCCCGGUUUUUUUGGAACUGCUAUUGGGAAGCUUAAAGAAGUCCAAAAAAUUGCAAAAAUCUUCACAGAUAACACGAUUCUGAUAGACAGUCACUCAGCUUUUGCACCAUUCGGAACCAUGAUCGAGCUCAUCAGCAUUCGAUACGAACUCGAGGCCCCUACGGUUUCAAGCAUACAUAAAGCUCUUGGAAACAAUUUCCAGCAGCUCACCGAUCUGAUCUCGAAACCAGUCGAACCAGAAAUCAAAGGUCUAAGUUCUCUGGUACACUCCAGAAUCAUUCCUGACUUCAAUAAGCAAAUUUACACAUCUGGAUUCCACAACGGUAUCAGAGACCUGAAAAAAUUGGCUUUGGAAAUUCGGGAUCCGUGGAUUGAGGAGUUUACGGGCAAUUCAAUAUCAACUUCACGAUUGGCUGAUGGUAUACAAACACUUUUGAAUGUAAUAUAUCAAGUACUUCAUAUUGAUGAUAAGUUGAAGCCUGUUUCCACAAACAACAAUCCAAGAUCCAUUGCCUACUUGAAAAACGUCUUGCAAGAAGUGUCAAAGAUGCCUCAGAAGUCAGCAGAGUUGGUGAAUAUUUUCUCGGAUAUCGCUACGUGUAUGGAGAAGUCCGAAAAAAUCGGUCCAGCCAACUACGAAAAAGGAAAAAAAGUGAUCGAGAAGAUAGUAGCAGUGGGAAAAGUGUUUGCUGAAUUGGCUGCAGCUGUGAAAAGAAUCAAUAUCGAUCAACAUCAGAAGGAUAUGAAUGCUUUUAUAAAGUUCCUCGGAUUCAAGGACAUCAAAAAUGCUACAACAUCGCCUGCGGAAAUACCAGCAGUGAUGAAGAGAAUCAAGACAACGGACACAUUGAAGAAGUUCAAGGAACUGAUUGCUGGCGUCAAAAAUGGGUUCAACAUCGAUAAAAAGGCUCUGAAGGCAGAUGUCAAAAAUAUAACUUCCCAGAAAGAUGCUAUUAGUACUGAUGGCUUUAAGGAAGAGGGUGAAAUGCACGCAUGUCUUCAGAAACUGAAUGAUAAGUUCGAGAAGUUUGAGAAGGCAAUCGGUGUGACGCGAAAACUCAGUGGUAUCGACUCGGCUACAAUUCAAAACGUGGAAAACUUGGCAUCGACAGUUGCUUCGGUGAAAAAUGAGUUGAAGUCCCUUGGCUCGAUUCCGGAUUCGAUGAAGAAGUAUGCCAAAAAGAUCACAACGGAAAUCAACAAAUGGCCUGAAUCGCUGAAGUCUUCUGGAGAAAUCGGACAGUCUGUGGCUCUGUUGUCCCAUGCUAAUGACUUUAAGACGUUGGUGUCAUCUGGAGAGCUUGAUAAGUUUGAUGCGCCCGUUCAGAUACAGAUUGAAGCUAUGAAGCAAGGUAAAGAGCAGACGAGGAUCAAAACUUUAUGGGGAGACCAUAACAAGUUUAUAACCGAUCUGAAAGCAUCCAGCAAGUCAAUCGAUACAAUUAGUACGAGUCUGAAGUUGGCUGAGAUCAAGACAUUCGAGGAUUACGGUACCGCGAUGAAGACAAAUCUCGAGGCGAUGAAAGAUGUGAAGAUCGAUGUGAAGGCCAAGAUUGAGGCACUGGAUGCACUCAUUUCAUCGACAAAGGCACCUGCCGAGUUGGAGAAGAUCAAGAAGACGUUGCAACAUCUGGAAUCGUUGGAUCUCACAUUCUCAAGUCACGUCUCUCACUUCCAGAAGGUUCCAAAUGCUCUCAAGUCUCUCUACGAUUUCUUGGUCAAGUUUUCUAUCGAACCGACACGAGCUCCUCCUCCCCGUUCUGGGAAAGCAACACCAGAGGUCUCCUAUGUGGACAGAGAUUCGAGUAACUAUGAUAAUAAACGUUUGGGAGAGCAAACGGAGCCGUCAGCAACAACCGAAAGAAUAUUAAACGGAGUUCUCAUUGCACUUAUUGUCGCUUUAGCUUUCGCCGUAUCAGCCUUUGCGUAUGUAAUGAUAAGAGCCCCCAAAGAUGAUCUGAGACACUGGAUCAAUAGACGAAGAUAUCUGAGUGCGAAGAAUGGUCGGUUUUGCCACGACGGGUAUUUGAACGAAAUUGCCAUCGAGACAGAAAAAUUAAUAGAACAGAUGAAGAGGCAAUCGUAUGCUUAUCUGCCCGAAAGAAAGCAUCGAAAUCCCGAAAUCCUGUGUAACCCGGAGACCGCACUGAAAAAACUGAUGAAAGACGACAAGAAGAUGGCGAUUCACGCGAACUUCGUCAAAUCGAGAAAUGGGAAGAGGUUCAUCGCUUGUCAGGCGCCAACCGACAAAUCCAAGAAUCACGACGACACGACAGAAGACUUUUGGCACAUGGUCGUGAAAGAGCGCUGCAACGAAGUGGUGAUGCUGUGUCGUUGCGUUGAGGGCGGUUCGGUCCAGUCGGCUGAAUACUAUCCGGUUGCGGUUGACAAACCCAAAAAAUGCGGAAGAUAUGAGAUCUCGCUGCUCGCCGAGCCGGGAAUCUUCAUGGAAUUCAAAGAAAUCAUUGUUCGACGAAUGAUGAUUAGGGAUACGACCAACAAACUCAAAAAGCGCACCAUCACCCACUACCAACACAUUGGCUGGAAAGAUCAAAAGUGUCCGCCGAGAGGAGAACACGAGGCUCUGUAUAAGUUGAUGAAGAAACUCGAAAGCAAAUGGAUCCCAGCACGUUUCCAGAGCCCAGUGGUGGUUCACUGCUCGAGUGGAAUCGGGCGUACAAUGACAUUCAUCGGAAUUCAUACUGUCUCCGAAGACGUUAUCCUUGAUCAAUCGGGCACAUGGGUCGAUCGACUUAAACUAUUGAAAAAUGCUCGUUGGCACGCAAUCCAGACGACCCGCCAAUCGUAUUGGCUUGAAAUGGCCGUCGCUCAUAAGCUGAAUUGGGAUUACAAAUUGGGAAGGGAUGAAGAGUUGAAGGAACAGCAGGCGAUGUUCUUGGCGUUCAAUGAACAAGUGGAACAAGAACUUGCGGCAGAGAGACAAAUGGAAAAGGAUAAGAAGGCGGAAGGAGAAGCUACCACUCAGAAGGCUAGUUCCAUUGUCGGACAAGCCGUUUUGCAAUAA